UUAAUUAAUAGUAAAAAAAAAACCCAUAAAUCAGCCAAUCAGAUGGCUUUAGAUGUUUCCUACACUUUGGAAAACAAGAGAGAGAGAGAAAAGAAAGAAAGGAAAUACGCCAUUUUUAUGCUUUAAAAGGAGGUUUAAGGGCUGGUAAUAGGUCUACCAACUGGUAGUUAGCUUUGAACCCUCUUUAGCAAUGAAUGAAUCAAACAACACCCACCCUUUUUUUUUCAUGUUGCCCUUCGAACAACUUUUGAAUUUCGUCAAAAAAAUAAAAUAAAAGAACCCAUAAACUAAACAACACAGCUCUGCCUUUUGUUUUUUUUUGGUUACACGUGAGAUGCCUGGAAGGAUUGUUUUAAGGGAAAUGUUUUUUUUUUGGUAAUAUUCUUCUUAUUAUCAUCAUCAUUUGUUAGAAUAAAAUAUUACAGUUGUUGUCAUCAAUAAUUUUUUAUUUGUAUUGAGUGGAAUUAUUUAAUAAUAUUUCUUGGGUUGGUGUCAAUGUUCCAAUGAUAAGAAGGUUGGUUACGUUUGGGAUUAUAUCUUUUGGGAUUGGUUUUUGGCUAUGCUGUUUUCCAGCUUCUUUGUAUCUGUUCCCCGCUAGAGGCGCAGCUUGGCUUUGGGGGGCUUUCAGCACCAGUUGGGUCCUUCAUGAAGAUGGUGAUAGACUGAUAGUGAUGAUGAUAGGAAGAAACGGGAUAGAGAGUGAAAAGCCAAAAAGAAAAAGAUCUAUUUGCUGGUCACUGUUUUAUUGGGAGGUGUCAUCUUUUGGUAAUCCUUUUGAUUUGUGGAGACUGGUAAUGAUUUAUCAUUGCUCUCCUGCUUAACAUAAGGAAGCAAAUUAUGGCUGCUUAUUAUCCAAGUUUUAACUAUCAAAGAGACAAUUUAUCAACUACAUAUCUGGGGGACAAAAGGCCUGUCUCUUACCUUGGAUCAUCUUUCCAUCCUGGUAACUCAACAAUAUAUCUGAACGAAACUGCUUCUGCUGGGGCAUUCUCAGAGAUCUUGUCUGGGACUUCUUUGUCUGUUCAGAACUGUGUUCAAGUUCCGUCUAUUGGUGGUAGAAAUGAAAUGUCAUUCAUUCCACCCUCAAGUGACUCGGCGAGUUUGCAAUCUGUUGAUGGGCAGUUAAACAUUACAACAAGCAAUUCUAUAUGCAAUCCUGUUGUAGUGAAUCCCCCUACGAUACCGAGGAGUGUUCUGGAUGAACAGAGUUCUCAAUCUCAGGGACUAUCUCUAAGCCUUGGCUCGCAGAUAUCAUCUGGAGUUUCUGUAACUUCAUUUCAGUAUCAAUACCAGGGUUAUUCUUCAUUCUUUAGCAGCCAUCUUCCAUUUUCAGGAAAGGGGACAAUUCCUUGUGCUAGUGACGAAAGCAAAAGAAGUAAAGAGUUGAAAACUUCUGAUACCAUGCAAUGUCGCUUUCCUGCAGGCAACAAUGAUGCAUUUGAAACAGAUGCUUUAUCUAACCCUCAGGGGUCAAUAAGUCACAAUCAGAUACAUUCUGAUAUAUAUCAAUUUGAGUCAGGUUUUGCAAGUACUAUUUUAAACUCCAAAUAUCUCAGGGUGGCUCAAGAGUUGCUUGAUGAAGUGAUUAAUGUACGAAAAGCUUUGAAACAGCAUGAUUUGGAUAAAAAUGAAAGCACUCGCUCCAAUGGGAUGUCAUCAGAACGUAGUGAGUCAGUUAACAACUCAUCCUCUGAGAUAUCACCUCGAGAACGACAAGAUUUGCAGAACAAGAAGACAAAACUCUUGUCCAUGCUGGAUGAGGUUGAUAGAAGGUACAAGCAAUAUUACCAUCAAAUGAAAAUUGUGGCUUCUUCUUUUGACAUGGUAGCUGGUUGUGGGGCAGCUAAACCAUACACUGCACUUGCCCUACAGACAAUUUCCCGUCACUUCCGCUGUUUGCGUGAUGCAAUCACUGGCCAAAUUGAAUUGACUCAGAGAAGCCUUGGAGAGCAAGAUAAUUCACCAAACAGUCUAGGAGGAGCAUUACCUCGGCUCCGCUAUGUGGAUCAUCAACUCAGACAACAAAGAGCUCUUCAGCAACUUGGUGUGAUGCGGAGUGCUUGGAGGCCUCAAAGAGGGCUCCCUGAAAGCUCCGUUUCAAUCCUUCGUGCUUGGCUUUUUGAACAUUUUCUCAAUCCCUACCCAAAGGAUUCAGAGAAAAUCAUGCUCGCAAAACAGACAGGCCUGAGUAGAAACCAGGUUGCAAACUGGUUCAUCAAUGCAAGAGUGCGUAUUUGGAAGCCCAUGAUUGAGGAGAUGUACAAAGAAGAGUUUGGUGAAAUGAACUCACACUUCAAAUCUUCCUUAGAAAACGCAGUGAAAGCAACUAGAGAAAAUUCUUCAGCAUCCGAGGAUAAGGGAGAAGAAUUGCAAGAGAGUAUGACAUCCAAAGCUGCUGAUGCUGAUAAUGUUCAACCAGGACAAGUUCAACACACCCAACUUGAUCAUAUCCCAGAUGUAGAACUGAGCAGGCCUAUUGCAAGAUCAAUGUUUCAAAAUAUUGCUAUUGGAGAUACUGGCUCGCCUACUAGGAUGAAAUUACAGGUUGGCCAGAUGAAUAACAUGGAGAGCAAUAACCCUUAUCCAGAUGCAGGAAUCCAAUCCAGCCAGCAUGGUCAUGGUACCCUUAUGGCUGGUGAUGCAAUGUAUGAUUUAACAGAAUUGAGUGGUUUUUCAGUUGGUGGGCAAGUGUCACUUGCACUUGGUUUAAGGCAUCAUGAAAAUAAUGUCUUUCCUAUGUCUGGAGAGACCAAUAUAAGAGGUAACAACAAGGUGGCUUCCUCUGUGGGGCCAGAGACAGUGGACUUUCAUUGCAUGGAACCAGGUAAUCAACAAGACAGGUUUGGAAAUCCCCAUAUAUUACAUGAUUUUGUAGUCUGAAGAAUGUGCACCUCAAGGUUUAUGGACGGGGACACCUAAUUGUUAGGAGAUGGGUCACACGUGAAACGAUUACAAACCAACACAGAAAAAGCAAGCCUUGAGAUGUUACUUUGGGAUGGCUGCUUCUAUGUGUUACAUGUUUGAGUAGAUGACAAAGACAAAUCAUUGUCAUGAUAGAAUAUAGAUAAGGGGUGUAUGAUUGAUGCCAAUUUGUAACAUACAAAUAGGUUGGUGCAGUAGGCAUAUACAUCUGUAAAGAUACGGUAAGAAAGAUGGAUAUAGCUUCUGUAGUUUGCUGAAUUCUUUUACUAGUAUUCUCAUGUAUGAAUUUGAUAUAUGCUAUUUGGGAAAUAA